UUGACUGUUUUGCAUGCUUUGAGAAAGUCACCACUAGGAGCGUUUUGUGUUGCAGCGUUCCUUUGUUUCGACACGCCCCUGACAACAGGCCGCGGAGACGGUACGCGGAUCGGUGUAUGCGGGCCUUUUCUUUGAAGUAAACCAUAAUGCAAGCAGACCCGGGCAUGUGGCAUUUUACCUGGUGUAGCUAAGCGACCAAAGCGGAGUCGUGCGUGGAAGGGUAUAGCGCAGGCGCGAAGACGACAGUGAAUAUACUGCAGAAUACGCACAGAAUGAGCACGAGUCGUCAAAGCGACAGCGAAAAUGCUGAUGAAACUGAGGCAGACAGGCCGAGUAACAACAUAUCCAGGGAAGGCCUGGACAAUGAGCAAUUUGACGAGGAAGCGGACACCCGGCUGCAAGGGACAGUUCCUUUACGGGACAGGCACAACGCUGACCCCGAACAGAAUAGCACCAGACCGGAGUUUACAAAAGAUUCUAAAGCAAAGUCAACCAGUGCAUCGGAGCUCAGAACAGAAGGUUCGGCCAGUGGCAUCGGUAAUUAUGUGUUCCGAUGGCUUCGAAAAAGGACAAUUGGAACAGGACCUUUUGUGGACCCGGCUCGGGAUAACUUCCGGACAAUGACGAGUUUGUACAGUUCAAUGAACCCUGCUGCGGAUUCCGUCAACAUAAGCACCCAAACUCACGGUGCAGUGUUCAAUUUAGAGUACUCGCCGGAUGGGUCUGUGCUGACGGUGGCUUGCGAGCAGACAGAGGUCCUGCUCUUCGAUCCCAUCUCCUCCACACACAUCAAAACCCUGGUGGAGGCACACGAAGACUGCGUCAAUAACAUCAGAUUUCUGGACAAUCGGCUGUUUGCCACUUGCUCAGAUGACACCACCAUUGCAUUGUGGGAUUUACGGAAGAUGAAUUCCAAGGUGUGCUCGCUGCAUGGGCACACCAGCUGGGUGAAGAACAUCGAGUAUGACACGAACACUCGACUCCUGGUCACUUCUGGCUUUGAUGGAAAUGUCAUCACCUGGGACACCAACCGGUUCACAGAGGACGGCUGCCCGCACAAGAAGUUCUUUCACACCCGUUACCUAAUGAGAAUGCGGCUGACGCCUGACUGCUCCAAGAUGCUCAUCUCCACCUCCUCCGGCUACCUGCUGAUUCUGCACGAGCUGGACCUGACCCAGUCCCUGGAGGUGGGCAGCUACCGCAUCCUGCGGGCUCGCCGAUCCACCCUCAACUCGGAAGGCACCACCGCCAGCUCAAGGUCGGCAGGCACCCCUCGUCAUGGCAACGACUCCAGUAAGGUCCACCCCCAGGCCUCACAGAGGGAAGGCGGAUCUCCAAGGAACAGCCUGGAGGUUCUGACCCCUGAGAUCCCCGGGGAGAAGGACAGAGGGAACUGCAUCACCUCCCUGCAACUGCACCCCAAGGGCUGGGCCUCGCUCAUCCGCUGCUCCAGCAACAUGGACGACCAGGAGUGGACCUGCGUGUACGAGUUCCAGGAGGGGGCCCCGACGCGGCCGCCCGUCUCCCCGCGCUGCUCCCUCCGUCUCACCCACUACAUCGAGGAGGCCAACGUGGGCCGGGGCUACAUCAAGGAGCUGUGCUUCAGCCCUGACGGCCGGCUCAUCUGCUCGCCCUACGGCUACGGUGUCCGCCUGCUGGCGUUCGACGAGCGCUGCGGUGAGCUGUCGGACUGUCCGCGGGCCAGCACCAGCUGCCUGCGCGAGGUGCGCUCCGUCUACUCCCACAGUGACGUGGUGCUCACCACUAAGUUCUCCCCCACCCACUGCCAGCUGGCCUCCGGCUGCCUCAGCGGACAGGUGUCCCUCUACCAGCCCAAGUUCUAGAGUCCCACGGCCUCUACGGCAACGAGGCUCAGCCAGGGCUUGAAGAUUGACUUGAAGAGCCGGAAGAAUGGGUGGAUGUAGUGGGGUGGGGUGGUGUCGGACGCCUGAGACUUCAUCCCUGAGGUGGUGCCCGUCUGAGGGCUUAAGCAAAAGAUGUCCUCCCCUCCCCCUACCCUCACUGGAACACCAAUAAAAUCUUCCCGGCGUUGUCUCUGAAUUAUGCUUUUCCCCUUCAGCUGCUUCUGUAGUGCACAGUUUGGGGGGGUGUUUGGGGCUAGCAUUCUUUUUGUUUAGUUUUUUUUUCCCGGUUACUUUUCCGGAACUUUCCAGAGGUCUCAUGAAAGGAAAGGUGCCAACUUCACGCUGGUGACACUAAAUGAGUAGGAAGAGUAAUUUUAAGGAGGAACUUACCCAGCAUCCUCUGCAUAAACAUAGAACAUUGCUCUAAAAUAAUGCUGGCUUGCUCUAUCUGCCUUCCACAGGAAACUAGGAAGACGAGGGAACGGUAAUAGAUUUAAAAAAUGGUUCCCCUUUAUCCCUGCCAGUGUAGGUCACUUUGGACAGUAUUGUGGAGCCAGUGGGCAUUAAGGGAUUCUGUGACCGCGUGGUCUCCUGCAGCUGUUACAUGUACUGGAACCCCACCCCCACCCGCCACUCAAUGCCUUUCCUGCCGAUGUUGCAUAUAACUGCUGCAUUGCUCUGUGUGCACCGUGUGUUCUGCCCACUUUAUUUUUCACCUUGUCAUUAGUUUAUACUUUUUUUUUUUUUUAAGUCAAGUUCAAGUUCCCAGAGCCAUUUUUUUUUUAAAUGUAUCAAAAGUUUAUAUAUUUUAUGAAUGUUCAGGACACUAUUCUAUACACUAUUUGCAUUUUACACCGCUUGUAUUUUAAAUACAGUGCACAGACCUGUCCAUCAUGUCUUGUCUUCAUUCAUUUCAAACUGGAUGGUGUGAGUGAAUGUUUAGUGUGCUUAUGCUGUACUGAGAUGACUGCAUGGUAUUAGUGGUUUAGCAGACACUAUCUUGUCUUGCAAGAGGGGUCAUUCUGUGAAAAUCAACCAGAGGUGUGGGAGUUGCCAACUUCAAUUUUGCUCACACUUUGUGUAAAUGUUCUUUAUAUAUUCAAUAAAGAACAUGCAAAACAUUAGCCUCAUUGGAUUUGUCAUUCUAGAGAUAUUGGCUCUUAAAAAGAUAUUAUUUUUCAAUAUUUGAUGGCAUACUACAACAGCACCACUUGGUGUAUGACUUCCAAACUUCCCGAGACUAGUAGAUAUUUUGGUUACGAACAGCCACAAGGAAAAUUAAGUCAAAUAUUCCUAUCAAAAUGAAACUAUGUAGUUAAAAUGGUAUAAUAGCCUUAUUUAUGCUGUCGCAAUAACAAAUACAUUUUUACAUGUCUUGAUCAGUUCAAACAGGACCUCAAUUUACAGGUACAUUUACAUACAAGUAACAUCAAAAAUGUGGUCAAAUUAUAGUCUUUGGUCUAAAACAAUGGCAAAGCCUCUUUUGCAUUUCUGUAUUUAGUUUUAGCCUUUUCACAUUGAUAUAAAAUAAUACAACUUUUUUUUUGUUCAUAAUUGGAAACUAAAAUCAACACAAACCCCAAUUUCCACUUGUGAAUGACUUUCUGGGGACCAGUCCCCCAAUAUCCCUAGAUGACAAAUCAAAUGAGGCUAAUGUUUUGGAUGUUAUUUAUUGAAUAUAUAAAGAACAUUUACACAAAUCUUGAGCAAAAUUGGAGUGGGCAGCUCCCACACCUCUGGUUGAUGUGUUAUGGAAUGACCCGGAAAACGUUUUGCAUAGAGCCUUGUUUUCAGUGCAUCACUGUCCUGAUAACUCACACAGCUUUGUGCUAAUAACGUGCCUAAUUGUGCUACUAAGCACUCUGGAGUAUUUCACAACAGAAAAUAAUGAGGCUAUUUUUAGAUAUUUUAGCUGAGUAUUAAGACUAUACAUGAAAUGGCUAUAGUCUUAUCACAGCUUAAUUGUCCAUGUAGCCUGACCUUAUAUUAACUCAUUCACACUGACAGCUUUUACUAUUCUAUGGGCAUGAAUUGCUGUAGUACAAAAAGAGAAGUCAGGAUAAAUAAAUGGUGUCUAUUGCAGUCAUUUUUGGCCAAGAUGUGAUAUAAGCCUAGUUUUGUAUUGGCUUCAAAUUAUAUAUAAAAGCCCUACAUUCUGUUUGUU